UAUAAACGACUCUAAACGUCCCCCAACCCAGUAAGAAAUUAUGUGGGUUUUAAAACAUUCUUCACUUUCCAAACUCUCCUGCUGCUGGUGGUGUUCAGCAUCCCAGGGCCCAGUGGACGCCAUAGACUCGGGGCAGCGUGCUGCAAGACAGAACUCGAGUUUCCUUCUUUCCCUUCCAAGCCUCCUCUCCUCUGGUCUUUGGGAAGCUGCCCCUGCCCUCCGAUCAUCCCUUGCUUUGCCCGCCCGGUGUUGCCUCUGGCCCCCUCCUGUCUUCUCAGCCUGAAACCCUGUGAGUUGUCACUCUCUGUGCCCCUCACUCGUCCUCGUGCCACGUCUUGCCCCUACGUGUGUCACCUUCACUCCCAUGUCUCAGGCUUUCCAUGCUUGAUUCCUGACCACAACGUCCGCCCAGCCCUCACCCACACCAGGCAAUCAGAGAUAAAGUGAAGGAAGCCAACAGGGCAGGGGGGAGGGAGGCAUCUGGACUCAGCUCACCCCAUGGCGUCGUGAGUCAGAUGCCGUGUGAGAUCAAGUUCCGUGCACUCUCAUAAUCCACUGUGACAUAUGCCUUCGAUUCAAGAAGCCAUGCAGGCUCCGUCUGGAAAUUCUUGGCGCCAAGUGUUGGCCUUCAGCUGUGGGUGCGCUGUCUACCUGGAGAACAUUUUUCUCUGAAGGAGAAGAUGCUGUCCCCACAUGAGAACAAGUUGGAAAAACUGGAUCCAUUUUAUAGACCUUCAGCACCCAAACAGAAGACCAGUGCGGAGAUCAUAAGCGAAGCGCGAAAUGCACUACGGAUGGUUAAAACUCAAAGACCGUUUACCCCGCAGCAAGAGCAGAGAAAGCUGUUUGGAGUGGGGUCUUCAAGAACGCCAGAAAACAGGCCUCCUUCCACCUUCAGCCUCCAUGCGUCCAGCUUUGAGUCAUCUGAUUCCAGGCCUAUCUCUGGCACACGUCUCAGCCCGCUAGAGCUGAAGCCGAAAGCUCCAGCAUCUCCCAACACGGAGCAGGAUCCCUGCCUGUCCUUUCCCAGACCCCCGGUGGACCCCGCGAAGAUGAGACGGAUAAGCAGCGCCCGGGCGCGCCUGUUCCGGGCGGCGUCUCAAGGGCCUCUGCUGCCGGACAGAUCGCUUCCUCCCGCUGAGGCCAAGAAGCUGGUGGAGUCCAAAGGAGCAGUUUUGAUGGGGGACUCUAUGGUGAACAUUAAUGGCAUUUGCCUAACAAAACCAAAAACCCUCAGCCAUGCCAGGAGUCACCCACUGCAGCUGACUUACGAUGGAGGCUUCAGGGAAACCCAGGAGCAAGAAAUGUUCAAAGAGGCAGCAUCCUUGCCAUCCCAUCUCCAAAGCGGAGGGGCCCAGGGGAAGAGGUGUGUGACGACUUCAUCGUGCCUUGGCAGCUGGGACCUGGGCGGGUCAGAAACCAAAGCAGUCUCAAAAGGCAACUUGCGAGAGAAGGACGCCGAAAAAGCAGCAGACGAAGUCUUUUGGAAUACAAGGAUCAUACCGCUUUUGCAUGAAUUAGAAAAGGAAGAAAACAUUGAAACCAUCUGUGCUGCUUGCACACAACUGCAUCAUGCGUUAGAGGAAGGAAACCUGCUUGGAAAUAAAUUUAAGAGAAGAAGCAUUCUCCUGAAGACCCUAUAUAAACUAGUUGACGUUGAUUCGGACUUGCUCAGCCUUAAACUUGCCAAAAUUAUUCUAGCACUUAAAGUGAGUAGAAAGAAUCUCCUUAACGCCUGCAAACUUAUAUUUAAAAUUAGCAGGAAUGAGAAGAACGAUUCUCUGAUUCAGAGUGACAGCAUUCUGGAGUCUCUCCUGGAGGUGCUGAGGAGUGAGGACCUGCAGACCAACACUGAAGCUUUCUUAUACUGCACGGGAGCUAUAAAAUUUCUUUCCGGAAAUCCAAGUUUCCUCAGUGAAAUGAUCAGCAGAGGCGUUGUGGAAAUACUGAUGAGUCUGAUAAAGGAGAUCAACGAGAACACGGUGGCGCGUGGCGCGUGUCCACCCGAUUCGGGCCACUUGCUGGUGCAGGUGACAGCGACACUGAGGAACCUGGUGGAUUCACCACUGGCAAGAACCAAGCUCCUGGGGAUCAGCGCCCUGCCCCAGCUCUGCACAGUCAUGGAACUGUGCAUGGGUGACAAGGACGUCUGCACCAAUGUCGCCAGAAUAUUCAGCAAGCUCACCUCCUACCGUGACUGCUGUGCAGCCUUGGCCAGCUGUUCCAGAUGUUAUGCUUUGUUUUUGAAUCUGAUAGACAAAUACCAGAAGCAGCAGGAUGUCGUUGUCCGCGUCGUGUUCAUCCUGGGCAACCUGACAGCCAAGAGCAACCAGGCCCGCGAGCAGCUGUGCCGGGAGCGCGGGAGCGUGCAAAGCCUGCUGGCGCUCUUCCGCGCCUUCCACCACCUCGAUGUGCGGGCCUCCCCGGCGCGGGCGCAAGGCGCCGCUGUGCCCAGGCCGCCAUCUGAGGCCGAGGCCGUGCUCGUCAAGCUGACCCGCGUGCUGGCCAACCUGGCCAUCCACCCUCGCGUGGGCCCUGCGCUGGCCGCCGACCCGCGCCUCGUGAGCCUGCUCCUGAGCACGCUGGCGGAGUUCUCCAUCUCUCUGUGCUGUGUGAGGAAGAAGCGACUUUCUGUGAGCUGGAAGGCGAGCCCUCACCAGAACCUGCUGUGCUGGCACCCUGAUCUUGGACAUCAGCCUCCAGAGCAUGAGAGAAGAAGUUUCGAAUACAAGUCACUUGAGGAUUGUGAGGAGCUGGUGAUCAAUACCACGGCAACGAUCAACAACUUAUCUUUCUACCAAGUGAAGAAUUCCGUAAUCCGAGACAAAAAACUCUAUAUUGCUGAAUUGCUCUUAAAGCUUCUUGGGAGUAGGAACAUGGAUGGCGUCCUGGAGGCGGUGCGUGUUUUUGGGAAUCUCUCCCAGGACCAUGAAAUCUGUGAUUUCAUCGUGCAGCACAAUGUACACAAGUUCAUGAUUGCUCUGCUGGAAGUGAAGCAUCAGGACGUCUGCUUUUCGGCCUGCGGCGUUCUCCUCAAUCUCACCGUGGAUAAAGACAAGCGUGGCCUCCUGAAAGAGGGCGGCGGCAUUAAAAAAUUAGUGGAUUGUUUAAGAGAGUUUGGUCCUACUGAUUGGCAGCUGGCCUGCUUGGUUUGCAAAACUUUAUGGAACUUCAGUGAAAAUAUCACAAAUGCUUCACUGUGUUUUGGAGAUGAAGACACCAAGACACUCUUAGACCUGUUGUCCUCGUUUUUAGCACAAGUUGACAUACCAUACACCCAUCACCAGAGGCAGCCAUUGGAUCUUGGACUUUCCAGCCUCCAGAACCGUGAGCCGAAAGACACUGCUUUUCUAUGUAAAUGAGCCAGUCUCAAGUAGUCUGCUACAGCAACAGAAAGCAGCGAGCACAGGACAGGCUCUGCCUCCACCUCCAUGUUCUCGAAGCUCUGCCCAUCCGCUCCUAAGCACGCAGCCCUACACCCAGCUCUCCUUGAGUCUUAGUCUGGCCCCAGGAGCUCUGUUUCCCAGAAGCCUCUUCCUCUGAAGACAGUGUGACUCUGCUCGGCUUAGGAAAGCGAGUAGAAACUCACCACCGUUACUGAUUUGGAAGUCAUGACUUCCUAAGAGAUUGAGACAGCAAAUAAAAUUGGAGAAACAUUAUUCUUUAUUGAAAAAUACCAAUAAUACUGACAGACUUCAAAAGCAAUUCACGCUUCCAGAAUACAAAGUUCUUAAUACAUUUUUUUCCAAACCUGUAUUCCAAACAAAGUUAGCUUUUUUUGUAAAUCAAAUUUGAUAACCUGACUAAAAAUAUUUUCCAGCUUUAUUAUUUCAGGAGCUGCAUGCCCUUUAAAGUAGGGAGCACGGGGUGGCGCGCCCUGGGGCUGCACAGCAGUCCGCAGCAACGCUGCCGCGAGGGGACGCUGCCACCAGCGUCAGAGAACCUCGUGGAACAGCGUAUCAAAAGAUAGCCAGUUUUUCUUAUAAUGUGCAUACUUUCAUUUUUCUCAAAAAGCAAUCUUAAAGAAUGCCACUGUAAUGUAGUUAUCAGUCAAUAACUGAGUUUAAAAAAAAAAAAACUACAGAGAAAGAAAUGAACUGUUACCAUCAAAA